CCCAGUUCCCCCUCUCCCUGCCCCCUCCCCUCGACAAUGUGGCCAUGUGUUCGCUGGCUGCACUCCCUCCUCGCUUUGCUGUGCUCCGCCGUGUUGACCUGGGGGCAGAACUGCCCGGCCGGCUGCCUGUGCCCGGACCCCCACACCGUGGACUGCAGCGGCCGCGAACUGACCCGCCUGCCGGACUCCAUCCCGCUGGACGUGCGCCGCCUCCUGCUGUCCGACAACGGGAUCCCCUGGAUCCCCUCCGACUUCCUGGUGCUCUACAGCGACCUGGUGUACCUGGACCUGCGCAACAACUCGCUGUCGCAGAUCGAGCCGGGCACCCUGAGCACCUCCUCCCGCUUGGUCUUCCUGGACCUCAGCUGCAACAACCUGACGGAGAUCCGCUCGGGCACCUUCCGCGACUCGCGCAGCCUCAUCAAGCUGCGGCUGGGUAACAACACCUUCCUGAGCGUGGUGAGCAAGGACGCCUUCCUUGGCCUCACGUCCCUGCGCGAGCUCGAGCUCGAAUGGAAUGGCCUGUCCUGCCUGGAUGUGGGGGUGCUCAGCCAGCUGCCCUCGCUUCGGGUCGUCCGCCUGGAGGGCAACCCCUGGGUGUGCAACUGCAGGUUUGCCAAACUCUUCACGUGGCUGAUGGAAAACAGGCAGAAGCUUCCAAGCGGAAUAGAGGGCAUGGAGUGCUCCCUCCCCACCAAUGGCCGCAGGGUGGCUCUGAACCAGCUAUCGAAGGACAGCUUUCGCAAGUGCCAGGAGACCCUGACGCUCACGGACUAUCUGAUCGUCAUCUUCUCCGGCGUGGCCGUCUCGGUGGCAGCCAUCGUGGCCAGCUUCUUCCUGGCCUCCACAGUGCACUGCUUCCAGCGCUGGAGCAAGGCCAGCAAGGCAGACGACGAGGAGAGCGACGGCUGAGCGUGGGCGGCCUCACCCCCCCGUGAGCGAACGAGGCAAUCCCAGAAUGCUCUUACCAUGUGAAAUCCCACACGCCGCGUUGGCCCUUCCAUCACAUCAGGCGCAGACGGACGCGUUAGAAAAGGGCCGAACAUGGUUCUUAGGACGCUUGGGCUGUCUGAGAUGGUUCCCGCACGUAAUUCAUCGAGCCAGGCCUUAAGAAACAAACUGCCGGGGAGAGAUUACCCAACACCCUGCCGGCCCCCCGACCCCCCAACAGAGCCUUCCCACAAUUCCUCACACUUUAGCCAUGGACAGUGAACUCACGUACAAAACAUGCGCUUGUUUAGGCUGCAGAGCGGCACCACGCAAAACACGUAGCAAUGCAAAAAUUAUUUGCCGCGUUGGACUCAUUAAUUUGCAAAUUCCGUGGAAGAACAUCCGUAUGGGAACUGGUUGCGUUGAAGCAAGGAUGGGGGGAAAUCGAUUCUUUCCAAUGAGUGCCAGAUUGUGUUGCGCUUUUUUUUUCAUUUUGUCAAAUUUUUUCUCAACUGAAGCUACCUCUGCAUCUCCUGCUCUACCGACAAAAACAAAGAUACAGAGUAGUUGAGCGCGCUGUUGCAACUGGUCUACCAGAAAAGUGGUCCACAGUUUGGCAACGCGCAUUCAGAUCCUCCCUCUUACGAUGCUCCACUUGUUGAAUCCGCAUUGUUAAAUUUACGAUAAAUUUAUCAUAACCGCAAUAAAUCAGUGCAGGCAUUUGGGCUUAAAACUACACAAUCAACACUUUGAGGUUCCUUUUAAUGAAAAUAGAUACAAACUGCAGGGCUGUCAGAUAGCUUUACACAAAUGUUAUCCGACUUUUGAUCCUGUGUUGUUGCGCUGCGAAAUUUUGGUUGGUUAUUUUUUUAACCAUUCAAUAACGAAUAAUACGUUCGACAUUUACUCCAACGUUCUGCCGUGGACUUUGAGACGGACCGGUUCCGAAGGAGAUUGUAUUCAUUCCAUCAAUGUGUGCUGCCUUGCAAACCUGGGGGAUUUCACAUAGUAACAGUACCGGAACGUCGAUCCUUGGACUUACAAACCCUGUCGGAAUUGAAUUUUGCUAUUGCAAUUAUAGAAGAGGACUUCCUUUCUGUCGCUUCCCCACUUCCAAAGCGCGUGGCAGUCAUGGAGUCUUUGAUUUCCAAAGAGUAAAGCUGUUCUUCUUCUGCUUAGGGGUUGCCGAACUAAAUGGUGUCUUAGUCACAUAGAUGUUGUCCUUGGUGUCUCGACUCGAGCCGUCGUGUUAUUGAACUCUAAAGCUGCAAAAGCAUAACGCAAAAGCCAUUCGUGCAGAAGCAGGUCUCACCUCUCGUCAACAGCCCUUGGUGUCUACGUUUAAAUUUCGAGCUGCUCUCUACCCGCCAUUUGUUUUGCAACCCCUAAAUGAUAGAAUUAGGCUCAGAAAUAUAGUGAACGUCCAGGUACAUGUUUGCUGUAACUUACAGUGCUGGUAUCAACUUAUCAUCGCGUGUCUACAGUGUCCACGGUGUCUAAUAGUCAGGUAGACGGCUGUUUCUGUAUCAAUAAAGAUAAUCAAGGUAUGUCAGUAUGUUACGUAUUUCUGUUGAUGAUAUCCAACAACUGUGAAGUUGCAGUGGAAACAAUGUACCUCUAAUUCAGAUCUGAAUUUUCCAUCUUUGUUGGGUGGUCAUUAGUAUUCGGCAUUUUUUUGGGCAUUACCCAAUAGGAAUCGUCUCCUUUUGCACCCAUUAAUAUGUGUUAUUGAAAAUUAUGGCUAAAAAGAUUGCUACAGACUGCUUUAUUUCUCAUGUAACUUUUCUUUUACAGAAAUUCCUGUAUGCAUAUUUGUAUUUCCUCAUUUCCUUAUCGGGGGGCUCCAUUUUUCGGUCUCUAAUUGCUUCUUCAUUUUCAUGGGUAAUAGUGAAGAAUCAAGUGGGAAUCCUUUUGUAUUUCAGGUAAUUAACUAUAGGCCCCUCAAAGUCCCCCAGCCGCGUGUGCCGUACGUGUUGGUUUCAUGCCAGAUUCCUCACAUUUCUUGGGAAUAUUUUAGGAUAUUGUCAUAUUGUCAGUUUUUUUUUUCUUUUUUUGAGAAAGGUACAUUUUCAGAAGCACUCAGACAAGUCGAACCAUUAAAGUACAUCAUGAAAUAUUUACAAAGAAUGAAUUGGGGGAGGGUUGCUUGACAAAAGCCCGUAAAAACAGCGAGAAUUGUAAGCGACGCUGAAACAGUCGAAACCCAGUAGCCAGCUCAGUCCUGUAUCCGAGGGAGAGCGGGUAGCCGAGUGGUUACAGAGGGGUACAUCCCCUCGAACCCUUGACCGAGGCACUCAACACAAACUGCUUCCGUACAAACAUUCAGCUAUAAAACUGGGUUAAGCGUACAUUUGUAAAGUAUGUCAGUGACUUUGGACAAACGCGUCUGUCGAGCAAAUAAAUAAUCAUCCAGGGGUAAACAAGUGUGUCCAUGUGGAAAGAGUAGUCUUCAUGGCCCUCCAUCAUCCAUUGUGGCCGAGGAGAGUAGCAGGCCUCCAGCCCCCUGUAAACCAGUAGCACUUUGAACCAUAACCCUCUGAACGAGAAGUCUGAAGCCCCUUCUGGCCAUCAUUACAAACUGAUUUAUAUUAUCCAAUAAAUGUGAAAAUAUCAACCAAAAAAAAGGAACAUAAAACCAGCGAAAAUUUUUCCAGAGGUCUGCAAAUGAGAAUCCAUUUACUAUAUUUCUACUUCUGAUUGCCAAAUUAAUUGGCGUUUGCGAAACAGCUUACAGCACCGCAACAAUAAAAUGUGGCGUACUCCUGUCUGAUUUCGAGGAAAGCGUUCGGUUGUCUAGCUACCCAAAUGCACAUCUCCAAAUGAAAAUGGGCCUCCACUCGGAUUUUAAAAAAUAACCGUUAAGUAUUGCGCUCAAUCGGUCGAUUAAAGCUCAGAAAUACUUUAUUAAACCAUUUGGCGACAUCCUGUCUAGUAAGCGCUGGUGCAAAUAAUAAUUACAUUUAUUUCACUUACGAGCAAACAAAAUAAUAACGUUUAUUUUCUGUCACAAUGCCAUUUAUUGUUACUUGCCCUUAAAAUCUACUGCGCAGAGGAGUUUGCAAAUGUCGACAGCCGAAACACCUGCAUCGUGACUGCAUCCGCAGACCUAGCUUCACAGUAAGGAUAACGACAAAAGGAAAUAUUUUAUACUCUUCCUGUUUAUACCAAAAUAUUCUUCCUUCUUGCUGAAGUGGACACACA